GCAUCGGUAUUGACUCGACUACCGAAGGCGUGACCUUGGUGAAGCAGACAGGUAAGGUCAAGUGCCUGCGAGACAAGAUCGAGGCCCAGAAGGAUACCUUAGACUUUGACCGGGAACUGAACAUCCACAUUGGUAUUGCUCACACCCGCUGGGCCACUCACGGUGUGCCCUCCGACAUUAACUCUCAUCCCCAGCGGUCUGAUGAGCUCAACGAGUUUGUUGUCGUGCAUAAUGGCAUCAUCACCAACUAUAAGGAUGUGAAACAGUUCCUCAUCCGGAAGGGCCACAAGUUUGAGUCGGACACAGACACUGAGAUCAUCGCCAAGUUGAUCAAGCACCUCCACACCCUCCACCCCUCCUACUCCUUCAGGGAACUGGUGGAGCAGGUUAUCCAACAGCUGGAGGGAGCCUUUGCUUUGGCCUUCAAGAGCAAGCACUUCCCCGGGGAGCUGGUGACCACCCGACGAGGCUCUCCUCUCCUGGUGGGCAUUAAGACCAAGGAAAAGCUCUCCAGUGACCACAUCCCCAUCCUCUACAGCAAAGAUUCACCCGAGAAGGUUGAACUCCAAGACUUGGAAGGUCUUCCUGCUAAAGAAAAAGACAGUCAAGCAGAUCACCGGUCCCACGUGUUCGACCUCCCUAAUGUCUUGGCACGCACAGAAUCCACUGCCGAGUUCCUGCCUCUUGGAGAUGAUAAGGAAGUGGAGUAUUUCUUUGCUUCAGAUGCUUCAGCCAUCAUUGAACACACAAAUCGAGUCAUCUACCUUCUGGAUGAUGAUGUUGCUAGUGUUGACAAAGAAGGCAUCCUGAAGAUUCACCGCCUCAAACGCAGCCUGGAAGACUCUCAUGCCCGUGAGAUUACCACACUCAAGAUGGAAAUUCAGCAGAUUAUGAAGGGCAACUUCUCAUCGUUCAUGCAGAAGGAAAUCUUUGAACAGCCAGAGUCUGUCGUCAACACCAUGAGAGGAAGGAUCAACUUUGACAGCGAGACAGUGGUGCUCGGGGGCAUUAAGGAGCACUUGAGUGAAAUCCGGCGUUGUCGUCGUCUGCUGUUGAUUGCCUGCGGCACGUCCUACCACUCCACCAUUGCCACUCGCCAGCUGCUGGAAGAACUGACUGAACUUCCCGUCAUGGUAGACAUGGCAUCAGAUUUCUUGGACCGCAACACACCCAUUUUCAGGGAUGACGUCUGUUUCUUUGUCUCACAGUCCGGAGAAACUGCAGAUACUCUUCUGGCCUUAAGGUAUUGUAAGCAGCGUGGAGCCCUCAUAGUGGGAAUCACCAACACUGUUGGAUCAUCUAUCUGUCGAGAAUCUCACUGUGGUGUGCACAUCAACGCAGGUCCAGAGAUUGGUGUUGCCUCGACUAAAGCUUACACGUCACAAAUGAUCUCGCUGGUUAUGUUCGCCCUCAUGAUAUCUGAAGACCGCAUCUCUGCCCAACCUCGCCGCUCGGAAAUUAUCCAGGGCCUUAGAAAGUUACCAGAACAGAUCAAGGAGGUAUUAGCCUUGGACUCUAAGAUCCAGGAGAUCAGCAAGGAAGUGUUUGAGAAAAUGUCACUGCUGGUGCUUGGCCGUGGCUACAAUUAUGCUACCUGUCUUGAAGGUGCACUGAAAAUCAAGGAGAUUACAUACAUGCACAGUGAAGGCAUCAUGGCUGGAGAACUGAAACAUGGACCCCUUGCUCUGGUUGACAAAGGCAUGCCCAUCAUCAUGAUCUGUACACGAGACAACGUCUUUGUGAAAUGCAUGAACGCUCUACAACAAGUAACUGCUCGUGAAGGCCGGCCAAUUGUCAUCUCCAAUAAAGGUGACCAAGAACUUGAGAAAUUUGCCUCCAAUAUCCUAGAGGUUCCCAGGACUGUGGACUGUCUUCAAGGUCUCCUUACUGUCAUUCCCUUGCAGCUCAUCUCCUACCAUAUUGCUGUUCUUAGAGGAUGUAAUGUUGACUGUCCACGAAACUUGGCAAAGUCCGUCACAGUUGAAUAAAGUGGCACCUUUGUUGAUUCCUGCAUGCCCCUUGGACAUGCUGUACAGUUUAUUUGCAUAUUUAUUUGUUCAAUAUAAUGAUACCAUAAUAUAAUGUGCUCUAAAUUAAUGAAAAUACUUAAAAUGAUGGUGUGUAUAAAAUUCUAAAAUAUAAAGAAAAUUAUGUUUUUGGGAUGUUAAAGAAACUGUACACAAGUUCAGUCAGCAUGCAGUACCUGUCUGUGAUUGCUUUCCUUUAAUCAUUUUUAUGAUCACUGUCUAAACUAUUCUAAAUGGAUUUUAGCUCUCUGGACCAAUGUCACUUGUGUUUUAUGAUUCUCAUUUUAUCUUCGCUUGUCUGUUACCCAGUAAUACUUCCAGAAAAUUGCUACCAAUAGUAUUAUCAACUUGUCAAUCUCAUCAAAAUUUCCAGUAUGUCAUUUGUCUUUGAGUGAAGAAGAGGCCCCCAUGUGGGCCUUUCCUAUACAUUCCAGUCAGUGAAUUAUUGGUUUGGUUUUCUUCCAUUUUUUUACUUGAUAUGUUUGGCUAGAAGGGGACACUUUGAGUUGAUGAUACAUGAAGCAUGCAACUUGAGUCAGAGAAUAUAUGAAAAUUUUUACCCUGCUGGGCAAUUUUUUUUAUUGUACAAAGAAUUAAAAUUAUGCCCACAGUAAUAUUUUGUAAAUAUAUAUUUAUUGCUACCUUUAUUGCAUAAUUCUUUUAAAAGAAUGUAAAAAGUUUAUCAAGAGUUACUCUCAUGAUUCUAUUGGUUCAUAAUAUAAGAUGCUGUACUUCACAGAUCUUUAAAGUGUGCGGUACAGUACAGUACUGUACAAUACAUCAAACUGACACAGCCGUGCAUAUAAACUCUUGUGAUACUCGAUAACUUUUUACUCAUUGUAGUAACUGACUCUUGCACACUCUAUGGUUCAUCAGAAAUUAAUAAUGGUAAAUUUCAUUUCUGUAAGAUGAGGUAAAAUUUUUUAUGUUUAUUUCAAAUUAUAUAAUGAUGAUAAUUUUGGACUGUUUUGAAUUAAUUGAAGUUAUGGAGUUUUUGUUUUUUAUCUCGACCAAUACUUCCAUUGUGUGUAAAUUACACAUAGUAUUGUACAAAAUAUAAAAUCUAUCAUAUAGACAAAGAAAAAACAUUCCUGACAGUGUCAUCAAGGAUGCUGUUGUUAUGGGUGGAACAUAAACAGUGAUAUACUGUACAGCAUUUAAGGUAAUUUCCUUUAUAUCAAGGAUGCUGUUAGAUCAGUUUAUAAAAAUAAAUAAAAACUUGUACUUUAGACUUCAUUGUAAAUGGGAAUGGAAAUAAACCUGAAUUUUCA